AUGGCUAACAAAGAUGACUCCCCAGCGAAGGUCAAAUUCCUAGAAUUUUUCACCGCAGGUAGAGACGGGGUUGGUUUUUCUUUUGAGGAUGGUAUAACAGUUACCAACAAAGGUUUAGAGAUGGAUCUGCUAAAGAUUCUAUCAAUCUUCACCUUGAUUAACUUCUCCUGCAACAAUUUCAGUGGAACAAUACCUAAGGAAAUGGGAGAAUUCAAAUCACUAUAUGUCCUUAACUUAUCCGGAAAUGAGUUAUUUGGUAACAUGAGGGUACUCGAGUCCUUAGACCUGUCACAGAACAAGCUGAGUGGGCAAAUUCCGCCAAACGUCCAUGUAUUUGUGGUCUCUAGCCAAUGUCCCAGCGAUCAGAAAUCUUUGUUGCUUCAGUUGAAGAACAGCCUCAAAUUUGACUCUACAUCAUCUAAAAAACUUGUGAAAUGGAACAAUGGCUCAGAUUACUGCUAUUGGAAAGGUGUGUACUGUAAAGAUGGCUGUGUUUCCCAUCUCGACUUAAGCGGCGAGUCAAUUUCAGGUGGACUUGAUAAUUCGAGUGCUCUUUUUGGUCUGCAGUACAUUGAGAACCUGAAUUUGGCUUACAAUAACUUCGAAUAUACUCAGAUUCCAUCCAAGUUCGACAAGCUGACCGGUUUGAGUUAUCUGAACCUGUCAAAUGCUGGCUUUGUGGGGCAGAUUCCAAGUGAGAUUUCACACCUGACGAGGUUGGUAACUCUUGAUUUAUCUACCUUUUUUUACGUUCCCGGAACUCCUUCACUGCAACUUGAGAAUCCAAAUUUGAAUGUACUCCUUGGCAACCUUUCUGAGCUUGUUGAACUUCAUCUUGAUGGUGUGAAUAUAUCAGCACAUGGGGCUCAGUGGUGCCAAGCUAUAUCAUCUUCACUGCCAAAAUUGAGGGUGUUGAGCUUGUCCGCUUCUAAUAUUUCAGGCCCUUUUGAUAGUUCAUUACUGAAACUUCACUCACUCUCAGUUAUUCGUAUAGAGGAAAUCAAUUUGUCUACUCAAGUUCCAGAAUUCUUCUCAAAUUUCACAAAUUUGACUUCCUUGCGCCUCAGCAAUUCUGGGUUACAUGGUAUAUAA